UGUUGCCUCAUACAUACGUCUGCUCAUAUACACACUCUGUAUGGGUGUAGGCAAUCCCUCCCGCAUAACACACACAGUGACGGGGGGUGAGAUUGGAGAGAGACAUAUCAGAUCCACACAGAGAGCUUCCUCACACACACACACACACACACACAAACACUCCUUCACUCCUCCACUGAAGAUGGAACAACUGGAUCGCAACGCGCCCCCGUACCCAUGACCAAUUAAAAGCCAGCGAGCAAGUAUUGUCUCCGAGGAUCCUGACACACGCGCUCAUCUUUUCACGCUUUCACGAGACGCGUUGAAGGUAUUUCCCCGUCAGUGUUUUAAGUGUGACACGUCGUUCCUGUGGAUUAUAUGAGGGUGGCUGGAUCUUGAGGACGGAGUGCGUCAAGUGAGCGCAUGUAUCCAACAAGUGGAUGCAUGAAUUUGCUCGCAGCAGACAAACGCCGGGACUAAAACACAAACAAAGAGUGAAUUGAUACCCUACAAAUCUGCCUAUCGAUUGAUCGGUUUACGGCAGAGAUCAAUAAUAACCGGCACUAAUCAGAUGUGGAGCUCCUGUUGGCUGAUGGUGAUGUAUAUAUGUGCGCAUUGUCUCGGCCUGAGGUAGUUUUUCCAUGAACUGACUUUGUGUGUUAAUGAGGACAUUUUCAAGCAAAUUAUAAAACUGCAAUGAGGUAAGACCCCCCACACAUUUUUUUCCUGCUCUCCAGUCAUUGAAAAGCGAGAUUUCCGCGGACACGCUGCGGUAUCCAGCGUCUCCCACCUCACCCCUCUCCCCCCAUCCAUGGACUCGCUUCCUCCUUCCCUCGGCGACCGUGGGGGGAAGUUGGGCUCCUCUCUGUAGACAUUUCUGUAUGACGAGGGCGCAGGUGGCAACCAAAGGUCGCAGUCAUGCCGAUGCAUCCAGUCACCUCCACGUUGAUGUACCGGGGGAUCUGCACCAUCCCUGACAUCCUCUCCUACAGCGCCCCGGUGAACCUGCCCGAAGACGAAGUUGAAGAGAUCCGCGAGGCCUUUAAAGUGUUUGACCGUGAUGGGAAUGGGUUCAUCUCAAAGCAGGAGCUGGGGAUGGCCAUGCGCUCCCUGGGCUACAUGCCAAACGAGGUGGAGCUGGAAGUCAUCAUUCAGAGACUGGACAUGGACGGCGAUGGCCAGGUGGACUUUGAGGAGUUUGUCACUCUGCUGGGCCCAAAGCUGACGGCAGCUGGUUUGCCAGAUAAGUUCAACGGCACCGACUUUGACUCCGUCUUUUGGAAGUGUGACAUGCAGAAGUUAACGGUGGAAGAGCUGAAGAGGCUCCUCUACGACACCUUCUGCGACCACCUGUCCAUGAAAGACAUCGAGAACAUCAUCAUGACUGAGGAGAACCACAUAGAGAACCCUGAGGACUGCCAGGUGGAUAUAGACAGUUCCAGCCCGACGCAGCAAGUCAAGCAAACUUGUGUGCGCAAGAGCCUGAUAUGCGCCUUCGCCAUCGCUUUCAUCAUCAGCGUCAUGCUCAUCGCAGCCAAUCAGGUGCUGCGGAGCGGCAUGAAAUAGGAGCAGCGGCACUCUCAGCCUUGACCACCACCUAAAGGCUGCCUUACAGAUAAAUGACUGGAGACAAAGCUCAAAAAACAAACAAAAAACAAACACAACAGACAAUCACGCAGCUGUAAAACAGGCAGACACGUGACUGCAGAGUAACUGGAGUCACCAAGGACACGACAUGUGCAGAAUUUGUCUCGCUGUACGAGACAUUUCAAGGACAACAGGACCUCACAUACAAAGAGACAGCGCUGUGUUUUAAAAGUGGACAGCUGACUAUACAUAUCACUCUUCCUAACACAACAUUUAGUAUUCAUUAGCUAUGUGCAUUUGAGCAGUGUUGCAUUCAGUAUGGUGGCAGCUAUAAAGAGAAGUGUAGUGACCGUCCAGUUUUGUAUUUGUCCAGUGUACCAUGCGGUUUAUUAUAAACGAGUAGAAAGAAAUGUGUGAAAUAUUGUGGGGACAUUGGAGAAGAUAUAUUCCUGAGGGCUGGAGGGUGUUGUUAUGUACAAGGUCUGGAGUGCACAGUGUUGUGGAGAUAUUGUAUGCGGUGCAACAGUGUUCAGAAACCACUUGGGAAUAACGAUAGCUUGGUAAGAAACAAAAUAAUAGGGUUGGCAGGGAGGUGCAUGCGAUUGUGUGGAUGGUUUCACUUGUUCACAGGCUGCAGGGCUUCAGUCUGAGCAGGAUGGAGCAAGGUGAAGCAGGUUAACAGCUCGCGGGGGGAAGGUGUUGAGGUCUGAACGGACGGGUAACUGGCUGGAAAGUGGCUGGACAUGCAGUAAACACUCGACUCUCUGUCUCUGCUGCGGGGCUGCCCAGGCCUCGGAGGGUGACCAUCAUCUAUGCAUGAAAUGCAUGGAUUUAAACAGUCGUCUUGACACAUUUGUAGAAGUUUUUAUCAAUGUAUUAAUCAUUAUGACUGUGUAACAGCUGUUUUCGAUUACUUAAUGACAACUGUGAGCAACUGUGUGGUGCAGGGUAUCAGCAUUCACAACAAAGGUAACGCAUACAACUGCAUGAUUAAAGAAGGGCUGCUUUAGUACAUGCUUGUAAAAAUUACUUUUGGGAUUGCUAAGCUGUGGACCUUUUGCCUCGCCGGACGCCUGAUGACCAUCGCCCACUGUCACUGAAGAGCAAACGACAUCAAGAUGUGUGUCACUCAACCAUUUAUAGAAUAUGCAUCAGAACUGAUCUGAUUGGUAGUGCGGAUACAAAUGUGCAGGAGUGUAAUUUGUCCUUUUAUUUUAGUUGUUUUCCGUCUGGAUGCGUUGCUAUAGAGCAAUAAAUGUAUGUAAAAUAGACAUCUCACAAUGCAUUGGACAGACAUGAACCUUCAAAAGCGUUAGUACCAAUGGACCUGUUAACUUUUGAGGUCAGAAAAGUUUCUAUAACACUUUUCGAAUCAAGGUUUUGGCAAUACAAGAGACAUUGGCUCGGAGGAGACGACCCUCUUAUUCAGUGAGAUGCAGACAGAUGAGCGCGAACACGUGCGUCAGAAGCUGCUCGGUGCAUUGAAGUCUGAGAGGGCCCAAAUGGUGUAAACUGUUGCAAUAAAACAAAUAUCUGUGAAGCACCACAUGAAUUUGAUUGGGUGUAGUUGUUUAGAUUGUUGUGCAUGCAUCUGGGUUAGGUCUGUCAUUAUCAAUGUGUAUUGUACAUAUAAACCAACUUCAACCAAAGCUUUGGAGGGAUCUGUGACAGCAGAACUGGGCCACAGAACGAGAGCAAGCUCAGUAAACAGCUGAUGAAAUUAACAUUUGAAUUACUCAGAAAAAAAUCCCGCAGAAGUCCCACAGUCACUUUUUCUCGCUCGGGUGAAUUCACAAAUAGAUUGUGGCUGCUGGUAUUGCACAUCACUUGCAAGCUUUAUCUCCCCUGUCUUGACGUCCAUUUCAGAAUGAUACUCAGCUAAUGAUACAGCUCAGUCACCAGAAGAAAAUGGUCACGUGUUUCUGCAAACCACAAAUACAUUUGCACAUUUUGUAUCUCUAGAGUGAUGUAAUAUGUAAGCUGACUUUGUCAUCAUGAGGUGGAGGGGAUGGUGGAUGGAGUGUCACCUUGGCAAGACACCUGCCAAGCCACUGUUUGAAACCAACAGGGCCAACCCUUCGUGACAUUUUGACUGGUGUUUCUGGCAUUGAACCUGGGUGUUUUUCACCAACGUGUCCGUGCUUUUCAGCGUCCUUUAUGACACCAAGUGUGUGUGUUUAAAGUCAAAACUUUACCUUUUCCUAACCAUAUCUAAGUGGGUUUAUGCCUGAUGUUAAGGCAGUUUUUUGGGGGCCCAAACGCAGACAUGGACAUCACAGGUAGUUGCACAAAGUAGGGGGAUUUAUUGGGAAAAAAAAAUGGGGGCACAGGACAAGGCAGGUGAGCUGGGUAGACGAGUGGAGGACUGAGCAGCAGCUGUGUUUGUAGAUUGGUUGUGGAGAUGUUGUCAUCGGAAUUCAGAGGCACGGGAGAAGAGAGGUUAGAUUGAGAGUGUUUUCACACUUGGUCCUUUUCAGCCCUCUAAACAGACAGGUUGGUCUGUGUUAUGCCCCACCCUUAGGUGGCCCUAUGGGGGCAAAAAAACUGACCCAAAAUAACCACAUACACACCUUUAAAUACUUAAAAUCCAUGGGAUAUAUUACAAAUAAAACAAGCAAACAAGACAACAAAAAGACCAGCAGUCCCCACACCAGAGGCCUCUCUGCUCUGCU